AUGUUUUGUGAUAGCCGUACUUUCGUACUAUAUUUAUAGGUCCUACUUGAGACCCAUUUGAGUUAGUGACAGGGGAAUCUAUAACGCACUGCAAGACGUUACAGUCAAGUACAUGUAAGACAUCGCAUUGACAACAGGUGUCUUUGAUUACUUUAAGCAAUAUCCGUCACGAAGACAACAACUAUCGUAUCAAGGACACGACCUCUAUAUCAUCAUGUCAGCCCGUCCCCGAGUCCUGAUCUCCCGAUCAGCCCCUCCCGCGGGCAUAGACCCCAUUAAGGCAGUUUGUGACGUAUGGAUCUGGCCCGGGGAGGAUCCUAUCCCCGCGGAGGAGUUUGAGAAGCAGGCGGCCGGGGUAACCGCCAUAUUCUGUCACCCACCGGACAAAAUUGACAAGGACUUACUUGAUGCUGCCGGUCCGAGUCUAAAGGUGGUUGGAACCAUGUCUGUGGGACUAGACCACAUUGACCUUGACGAGUGUCGGCGUCGUGGUGUCAAGGUCGGCAAUACACCUGACGUGCUAACCAACGCUGUGGCCGAGCUAACUAUAGCUCUGCUCCUGUCAUCGGCUCGCAGACUUAAGGAAGGAUACGCCUGUACGCUAAGUGGAGAAAAAUCCUGGGAACAUGCCACGUUUCUCUGUGGUCACGAGGUUUCCGGAUCCACCAUUGGCAUUGUGGGGUUGGGACGCAUCGGUAUGGCGGUUGCUAGGCGGCUCAAGUCCUUCAGUGUUGCUAAGUUCCUGUAUACCGGAAAUAGCCAGAAGCCUUGUGCGUCAGAGGUGAAUGCAGAAUUUGUGUCGUUCGACAAACUUCUCGAGAACUCUGAUUUUGUAAUAGCAUGCUGUUCUAUAAAUCAGAACAACAAAGGCCUCUUCAACAAAACUGCAUUUAAAAAGAUGAAGAAGUCGGCCAUCUUCAUCAACGUUACGCGAGGAGUAUUGGUCAAUCAGGAUGACUUAAUUGAGGCCUUGACCACCGGUGAGAUAUAUGGGGCCGCACUUGAUGUCACCACACCGGAGCCACUUCCAACGGGCAAUCCACUACACUCUUUGAAGAACUGCGUCAUGACACCACACAUCGGUAGCGCCACCUUGAAUGCCAGAAAUGGAAUGGCCAGUCUCACAGCCAGAAACAUUUUGGCGGGAAUAAAUGGGGAAGAUCUCCCUUCGCCUGUCCCGUGAUGUUUAUUUCUAUGAAGAUAAAACUUUGUCUACAAAUAUAUUUUGUAAUUUUAAAACUAGGUUGAGAAAAUGAUCUUUGUGUAUUGAGAUAAAAUAUAUAAUUACGGACAGAAUGACUAGAAAUGAAUACAACAAGAAAUGUAUGGAUUGCUUUAGAUAAACAGAGUAGAUUUAGAUUUAUCAAACAUUUUAUGGCUGUCUUUAUGUUGUAUUAUGAUCGAUUAUACAUGUAGUCUCUGUUUCGUUUUAUAUUUGUUACUCGAUCUGAGCUGAAUUAAUUCUAUUAAAUUUUAGUUUGGUUGUUGUGUUGGUAUGGAGACUAUCAACCUCUUUUAAACAACCGACAUUUUUGAAUUGAGAAAUCUACAUUAUUAUAUUAAGCGGUUUAAUUUAGAUGAUUGUACGAAAAAUGGAUCAUUUCAUACAAAUGCGCAUUUUUAAAAACAAAAGACGAAAACCGCAAUUGUUUUAGAUUUCCUGUGGGGACAUUUAAAGUAUUUUAAGCGUUGCUAUGUAAAGUAAAAAAAUACAAAUGUAACUCGCACCAACCAUCCAGUAAAUAUAUAAAUAAAAGCUGACACAUCUUAAU